AUGGCACUGCAUGAUUUGCUAUUUGUAAUUGGCAUAAACUUCGGUGUUCACCGUUUUAUUAUUCAAAACCCCACAAUUUCACACAAAAAAUUCACAGUCCUCGCAAUCGCUUUUCUUUAUGCUGCUUUUCUAUUAGGCAUCUAUCUUAGUGACAAAUCUCCAAAUGCAUAUCAAGAAACAGGAAUUUCACGAUUAAUGUCAACUGAAGAAAUAAAUAAAAUCUACAAAUACGAAGUUCGCCAAAAGCACCCUGAUAAAAACCCCAGCCCAUAUGCCCAACAAGAAUUCAUAAAAAUGCAGAAAAACUUCGAAAUUAUCAAAAAUUCUGACUCAAGGUACAAAUAUGAGCUCUAUAAAACUACUGACGAUAAAGAAAUCCAGCACGCAGUGGUCCAAGCAAUUCCUUUUUAUUUAUCAAAUUUUCUGCUUGCUAAUGGUAUUACUUAUUCCAAACAAAAUGGCUAUGCAGGAAGAAAUGCGUUGAUAAUGAUAGCUUUUAUUGCAAUUUAUGAAUAUUUCACCAAAAUAAAGCAGAAAUUUUUGAUUUUUAUGCCGUUUUUGCCUUUGACAAUUUGUGAACAAAUUGAAGCACUCCAAGCCAUUUUCCCGUCUUUAAUCCUAGGCAUGAUGUUAGCAAAUAGUGUGGAUUUUGUGGCUGAGCUAGAAAAAACAAGGGCAAAAUUCAUGGCACUGGCAAGAGAUGAAAAAUUUAAAGAAUCUGUGAUCAAGCUUGUCCAAGAUAUACAGACUGGCCAAAUAAGCCAAGAAAUGAAAAAUUUUAUUAAAGAAGCCGCUGACAUGCAGAGCGCAAAUGAAAAUUCCCAAAAAAAUACAGGACGAAGCUUGGCGGUCCGAAUGCUUAUAUUUAUGGUGAUUUCUGGCUUUAUUAGGUCUAUUUUCCAAGAAACAAAUGUAUAA